AUGCGAGUGACUCGUGCGCGCGCCCAGCAGGGCACCGACGAGGCCACCGACGCGACCGAGCGUGCGCCGUUGAACGAAAUAACCUCCAAUGUUUCGCCCGACCAAGUCCAGGACGACGACGACUUGCCCGCCAAAACACCGGCAAAGACGCCCGCAAAGACGCCUGCGAAGAAGGCCAAGGGAAAAGGCCGCGCGAAGAAAGGGAAAAAAGCAAAGGCGGCCGACGAAGACGACGACGACGAGCGUGAGCAGGCUGGCGCCACACCCGAGGAGGAGCAGACGCCGCCCGAGGCUCCCUCAGAGCCCACAGGCGCUCCAAAUGAGACAUUGCAGCCAGAAACCUCACAGGCUCAGGAGGAGUCUGCUCCUGGUGUCGACUCGUCGGCCGACGCUUCAGGGGACGCAGAGGUCCCUGCAGAGGUUCAACGACCUGUAACCCCGUCAUCCAAGCCGGUACGGCUAACCCGCCGCCAAUUGGCCAUGCAAGAAGAGGAGAUGAGACAGGCACAGCACGCUGCUCCCCAGCCAGAAGCCGAGGGAGCCGAGCCGAUAGUAGAUGUGCCCAAAGCCGCAGAAGAAGCCCCAGAGGCAUCUGGAGAGGCUGCAGCGCAAAGUGAAAAUGUGCAGGAGGCUACCGUGGAGCCUGAGACUGCAGUUGAAGAGACGCAACACGAGGCCGUAACCCAGGCUGUGGCAGAGGGUGAAACAUUGCAAGAAGCUGCACCAAGGGUCCCGCAGGUGGAAGAGCCUCAACCUCAAACGCCCACAGCUGCACGUCAAACAUCAACACCCUCAGUCGAAAUCAGUUUGGGAACAGAGCCAAAGACCCUUGUAACCAAGACGUCCAUUGAAGAUAUCAUGAACCCUCUCACGAGCCAGACCUCAAGUCGACGAGCAUCGCGUAGCACGUCAAAAUCACCCAUGCGCCUCGAGGAGUCUUUCGAAGCAAUUGAUGCGCUGGAGGAGGCGCUGGAGAACGUCACCGCAGUAGCCAGGUUUGAUCGAUUGAAUGAGGAGAAGUCGCCCGAGAGCCCAGCAUUUCCCCAGAGCAUUGCUGCACUAAUCACACGCCCCAAGACGACUGGAGAUGCUCCCCUUGCAGCUACAAAGAUAUCGAGGGCCCCCAGCGCGGCAGCGCCCAAGAGCAUGAAGCCGGUGAAGUCGUCUGUAGCGCGCACAUCUAGUGUUCGUGUUGCAUCCAGCAGAGAAGUCAGGCCAGCCCCGGCAGAGCCAGUCGAUUAUCUUGCUUCAAAACGUCGACCAGUCAGCAUGUCGUUUCUCACUCCAGCACCGCCACCAAAAGGGCGCGCUCCUACCAGGUCAACCUUUCAGCUUUCCAGCGACGAUGUGGUUGCCAAGCUCAAGGCGCAGAAAGAGGAGCGGUUGAAACGAGAAGCAGAAUGCCCAGCACCAAAGGCACGCCCAAUCAGCAUGCCACCUCCACCAAAGUCAAACAAGCCACUCACGAAACCCGCUUUUCAACUGCCAGGCGAGAAGAUUGCAGAGAAGCUCAAAGCACAGAAAGAAGAGCGGCUAAAGAAAGAAACCGAGGCGUCUCAGCAGCCAGCACCAACCCAGCGUCCCGUCAGCAUGAGCAUGGCACCCCUAGCAAAAUCGACCAAGGCGCCGACCAAGGCCAACUUUGAACUGCCAGGAUCAGCCGUGGCUGAGAAGCUAAGAAUCAAGAAGGAGGAGCGUCUAAAGCGCAUGCAAGAGGCCGAAGCAGCCAAGAAGGAGGCGACUCUCAAGGCACGACAAGCACCGCCCGUCCGUAAACCAGUCACCACCGUCCCAACCCGCCAGUCUCCCGGAGUCACAAUUGGGCCUCCCCCUCCGCCGCCCCAGCCCCAGCCCCAGCCCGUCCAGCAACGCUCGACAUCCCUCACCAGCAAGCGCAGCAGCAUGUCGCUUUCACAGGCAGCCUCUCAGUCCCGCUCGACAUCCACCUCAUCGGGAAACCGCAACAGCAUCAUUGUGCCCAAGGCCGUUGUCACGCCUGCCGACGCCGCAAUGCUCAAGCUCAAGGGCAAGGAAGUAUUUAACCGCGACCGCAUAGAAAAGGAGGCUCGCGAGCGCGAGAGAAGAGAAAAGGAAGAGGCGGCCAAGAGGGCGCGCGCAGAAGCUGCCGAGCGAGGGCGUAUUGCGAGUCGAGAGUGGGCGGAGAAGCAGCGGCGGAAGAUGAUGGGUAGUGCUGCAUAGUUGGGUGCUUAAAUCGUUGUUGUCUCGGCUUUUUUUGUGUCAUUUGACCAUCUUGGUAUUCGAAGAAUCUUGUGCAAGUUUGGAUGGAACCCCUUUUUUUGUAUUUAUAUUUUUCAGCUUCUCUCUGUUUUUCUUCUUCUUCCUCUUCUCCAUCUUCCUUGCUACAUUGGCGUUUUAGCCAGGGGUCUUUGUUUCCAAGCCGCCUUUUUUGCCCAUCGUUAGUUAUUUGUUUGUUCGUUUGUUUAGUUUAGUCAACACUCUCGUCUUUUUUUUCCCAUGG